GCUGAGGAGAGGCAGGCAGACAGCAGGAGAGACAGACAGGAGAGACAGACACACGGAGGAGAGCCGUCGUGUUGUUUCCGAGGAGAGACGCCCCACAUCAGCCAGCAUCCAGCGGCUCGUCUCCAGGCCCCGCUGCAGCAUCCUCAUCAUGACUAAAGAGGAGAACCUGGAGGUGCAGGAGAAGGAGAGGCACGACCGGGAGGAGCAGGAGGAGGGGAGGGUCCAGAGAGAGGAGGAGGAGGCGAUGACCGAGGAGGAGGAGGAUGAAGAGGAGAAAGAGGACGAAGAAGACGAAGAAGAGGACGAAGACGAGGAGGAGUAUGAGCUAGAAGAUGAGCGGGAGGGGGAAGAGAGGGUGGAUGUGGACGAAGAGGAGGAAGACGAGCAGGAGGAAGAGCGGGAGGAGAGAGAGGAACGGGAGGAAGAAGAGGAUCCAUCCGCUGGCCAGGAGUGCGAGGCCGAGGCCGAGGCCGAGCCGCUGUCAGUGUCCGAAUACCAGAGUCCAGCUCAUGAGCCGCGCCGCCGACCCAUGGUGCACCCGUCCGCCCAGGCGCCCCUGCCCAAAGACUACACCUUCACCUUCUUCGACCCCAAUGACCCGGCCUGUUUGGAGAUCCUCAUGGAUCCUCGGACCACCAUCCCAGAGCUGUUCGCCAUCGUGCGUCAGUGGGUCCCGCAGGUGCAGCACAAGAUUGACGUAAUCGGCAACGAGAUCCUGAAGCGCGGCUGCCAUGUGAACGACCGCGACGGACUGACCGACAUGACGCUGCUUCACUACAGCUGUAAGGCUGGAGCUCAUGGAGUUGGCGACCCGGCGGCGGCGCUGCGUCUCAGCAGCCAGCUCAUCUCUCUGGGCGCCGACGUGAGCCUGAGGAGCCGCUGGACCAACAUGAACGCUCUGCACUACGCCGCUUACUUCGACGUCCCAGAACUGAUCCGAGUCCUGCUCAAAGCCUCCAAACCCAGAGUGCUGAACUCCACAUGCAGCGAUUUCCACUACGGUACGGCUCUCCACAUCGCAGCCUCCAACCUGUGUCUGGGUGCAGUCAAGUGUCUGCUCGAGCACGGAGCCAACCCGACUGUCAGGAAUGAUAAGGGCCUGGUCCCAGCAGACGUGGUUCCUGACCCGAUGGACAUGAGUCUGGACAAGGCGGAGGCCGCCAUGGUAGCCAAAGAGCUGAAGCAGCUGCUGCUGGACGCUGUCCCUCUCAGCUGUAACCUGCCCCGAGCCACGCUGCCCAACUACGACAACAUCCCAGGAAACCUGAUGCUGUCCUCACUGGGGCUGAAGCUGGGAGACCGCGUGGUGCUGGACGACAUGAAGCUCCCGAAAGACAAGAGCAGAGACGACAGCCCGCCUGAAAACCUCAAACAGAACGGCACGCUGAGGUUUUGUGGUACCACAGAGUUCGCCAGCGGUCAGUGGGUCGGCGUGGAGCUCGACGAGCCGGAGGGAAAAAACGACGGCAGCGUGGGCGGCGUCCGCUACUUCAUCUGCCCUCCUAAACUGGGGAUUUUUGCCCCAGUUUCAAAGAUUUCCAAGGCUGUCGAUCUGACACCUUCAUCUGUCACCUCCACCCCCCGAACCCCACGCAUUGACCUGGCCUCCCGCCUGGCAGGAAAGACCAAGAAGGACAAGGAGAAGAAGGAGAGAGAGAAAGCCCAGAGGAAGAAGUCGUCAGUAGCCAGUCUGGAUCCAGAGGGACUGAACGUGGAAGUUGGAGAUCAGGUUCUGGUGGCUGGACAGAAAAACGGCAUCGUGCGCUACUACGGCAAGACCGACUUUGCUCCAGGUUACUGGUUUGGCAUCGAGUUGGAUCAGCCGACAGGGAAACACGACGGCUCUGUGUUUGGAGUCCGCUACUUCAGCUGCCUGCCCAAAUAUGGAGUGUUUGCUCCGCCCUCCCGUGUCCAGAGGAUCGGCGGCCCUAAAGACGGCUCGCAGAACGACAAAUCCAUGGUGAAGAAGGUCCACCAAGUCACCAUGUCACAGCCCAAGCGUAACUUCAACACGAUGCGUUCUCCUAAAGACCUGACGUCUGAGAGCUCCAUAUCCAGGUUGCUCUUCUGCUGCUGGUUCCCGUGGAUGCUGCGUGCCGAGAUGCAGUCCUAACCUCCUUCCUCUGCCCCUCCACUGGAUCAGUCUCUCUGCUCUUCAUCUUUUACUUUCUGUACUCUUAAGUGUCGCCAGUCAAACUUCUUGAAGUGAAACCCCGUCUCCCUUUCUCUCUCACUCUCAGCUCAAAUCCCUCUUUCUUUGCGUUCUAUAGCAAAAUCUAUAGUGCCUUGUAUCUGAUCAAAAUGUCCCGCGUUCCUCCAGUGAAACUGAAAGUCUGGCUCUGCUAAAGCGAUUCCCCUCAAAUAUUCUCUUAAAACCACUUCUCAUUUUGUUUCAGCGUGUUGUCAUCUCACCAUCCCAGCUUGGUGUUUGUCCACGUCGUGUCUCUGUUUGGGGCUGUUCGGUUUCUCUAGGAACAACCGCACACACACGUGUGGCUGUCUCAUCAAGUCCUGUCUGCGUGAGUCCUGAUUGGACGAGCCCUCAGACAUUUGUGACGGAGCCAGUCAAAGCACGAGGCCACAGUCACACACACACAUGAGGUUAAAACCGGCCAAUAUUCCCCUCCCUUUGGCUUCCACUGUGUGCGAGCGAAAUACUCGCUUCUGCUGGAAAAGCUUAUUUGCAUCUUGGAGAAUUUGACUUUGAACUUUGACGGGCGAAGUUGCCGCCUCAACCGAUAGCAACAACGUGUGUGUGUGUGCGCAUGUCCCGUUAAUCUUCUCUCAUGCUCGUGUCACGUGACACUGGUUCUGCUCAAAGCGUUUGCGUAGAAAAUGUUUUGGGUACACAGUUGUUGGUUCGUAGCCCAGAUGUGGCUGCUGCCUCCUCACUGCUCAUCUGUUCUCUGGUGUGUUCAGGCUGCGUCUGCGGCCCUGAGGCCCCGUUAGACACAUCAGCUAAGGGGUUGUGGGACAAAAUGUGGCUCCGCUGAACAUGUUUCACUGCAGCCUGGAGCUGGAGAUGUUUGAGGUUGUCCUCGGAGAACCGUGGUUACACAAGUGACUGUGAGGGUAAACGUCAGUAGUUUCAUGACGUUUCAGUUUCUGAUAACCUCAGACUGUGUGUGAAGAACAACAUGUGGAGGCUGAGAUUUUACAGCAGCUUCAACAUUUACGCAUCUGUUGUCCUUCAGCAGGAAGUCUGAACACAGAGAGAACAGCUGGAUUCGACUCAGAUCCAGUUCAUUUAGUCUUUAACAGAUGAAGUACUCUAGUUAGAUACUACUGAACGCCUUAGAUUGUUAAUCAGUAUAUUGCCAAAUACGUUAGUCCAUCUAGUUGGAGUUAAAAUACAUAAUAUUAUAAAAAUCGGAAUCUGUUGUUAACCAAAAAGUGCUAACAGACCCAAAACGACGGCUUUCUUUUUCUGAGUGUUUUCAGCUACAUGUGAUGUUCAUGUUUUUGUGUUGCUGCCAUCAUGCAUCAUGCAUCUGAAAAUAAUCUUGAUUUAAAUUUAAUCUGAGCCAUCUGAUUUAAUCUGACAUUCAUUGAUUUUGGAGUUAAAUUUACAUUGUGCAACACCUCAUUACAACAUUGCUCUUCUCCAUCUUGAGCUUUUGAUUUCCUAAAUCCUGGAUGAGCUCUUCAGAGUCGGUGAUAUUUGUAGUUUUCCUCUCUUCUUCUCCUGCCUUCUUCUCUCAUCCUUCUUUCUCCAUUUAAAUAAGACUUAAGUACGUUUUGUGAAUGUGAGCAUCUGCAGAAACACAGUUAAUAUAAACCUACGUGUGCUUAAUGUUAAAAUCUCUCUUGAAGUUUGUGCAUAACUGAAAACAGCAAUAUGUAACCAGUGUAGGUGACUGUGUGUGAAAACGGUUCCUGCGUUAAUGUUUCGUUACACUACAACAGAGAGAUGAACACACUCGCGCUCUGAUGGCCGAGGCUGGCGGGGACGAGACGCCGACACACGGCAAACCUUCAUAACCAGCCUGUCUGGUCUGUGGACGUGUGGACUGCGUGGCCUGUCUGCAGUUACACCCGAAUGACAGCGAGACUCGAACAGACGACAGCAGCGAGCGAAUAAGCACUUGACUUUACGCCACAGCAAAUGCUCUGUGAGCGUUGUUAGCUAAACCUAUAAAUGACGUGUGUUUUACAAGCCGAGUCCUCACGUUGAUUCACACAGCUGAUGUUUGUUGGAUGUAAACUACGCAGAUCCGGAGCCGCGUGCGUCUGAUUGGGGAUUUGAUUUGAGAUAAUUUAAUGAUUCUGUGAUUGUCAGGCCGUGUUCAGUUGGUUCACAUUUCUUCACACAUUUUAUCUGAGCGGAAACUGGGCUGAACCUUGUAUCUUGAACCCCAGCAGCCUCUGAGUCUGGUCCUUCUUCGCUCUGGUUGUUUGUCUCGGUCGGUCUUUGUGCCCCGCAGCCUCGGCUAAAGGAAACACUUUGUGGUUGCUGCUGCACACUGUUGUUGUUCUUUUUGUGUCUGUGGAAUCAGCUUCAGCGUUACACUGAUGAUAACUGCAGCGCCUUCACUCAUCAGUCGAGCUGUCAGCUGGUUUAAUCAGCUUGUUAAGGUAACUCUAGUGGAAAGAGCAGAAAUGUGCAAUGACUGUUUACGCCACAGAUCUCACAGAGAACAUUAGUUUCAUGUCAGCUGUUGUUGAACCACUUUGGGUUUUUGAAGCUGUGCUAAAAGUGUUUGGAAGACACUUUCUUGAUGUGAUGUUAAGACAAUAUGCAGAUGACUCACAGCUUUACCUUCCUGCACUGAUGCUGUUUCCCCUGCUGUCCUAUCCAGACCUGAUGAGCUAAAGUAUCUCCACACGUUGUAGUUCAUAACUUCACACAUGGCUAAAAGCUCCACACAUCAGGACGUGCUGACUCAGUGAACACAGUGGACCUCAGUGAUGGUGACGUUUGUCUUAGUACCGUCAACAUGUCCCAGUGAAGCCUCUGUUGGGUUGAACUUGGUGUUCUUACUGCUGUAAAUGUGGAGCUUUCUCUGGUUUGGCCACUAAGUGUCACUCGUGAGUCACCGGUUAAUCAUCUCACAACAAACAGGAUUUCUUCUUGACAUAUUCUCUGUUUGCUUUGCUCCAUGUAAAGGACUGCACUGCUUUUGCCUGUUUUAGCUCUUUGACUACAAACCUUCCUCCAGUUGUUACUUUUAUUCCCAGGCAGCCUUUGGUUCCUGUUCAUCUCUAAGAAAAUCAAAGUGAAACCAGCUGCCGAACCUUUGCACUCGUGUCAGAAAACAUACUCGCUGGCUGCUUUUCAGAACAUCAAACGAAGAACGCCUGAAAGCAAAUACAGACUGUGAAUAUUUAUUGCAUCAAAAAGGCUGCUCAACUAUGACAGCAAGACUCAAUGGCAGAAAUAAUUCUUUUGAAUAAUAAUUCCUCCAUCGGCAGCAGCCAGCGGGGGAGAUCUUUCAUCGUUGGCAGAAACCAAACUUCAGCAGGAGGUUUCUCUCUCUGCACGCAGUUUCACUUUCACUUCCAUCACGGCUGCCUGGAAGGAAGGAAGUCAGCCGCAAAGCAGAUGGAUGAUUCAGGAUAUUGUAGUCAAUGGGCCAAAACAUUCAGAAUCUCUGAUUCUGUCCUUUAAAUUCUCUAUAACCGGUCGUGUUCGUGUCUGAGAAUAGAACCCAUUCUCAUAGAAACUACGUCAGCACUGGCUGUUACACAUGAAUACGUCUGAAGAAUAUACAGUAUAUAGGCUAUAUUUUGAUAACUUCACUAAGUGUACUUUUUGUUCUCCUGUUUUGUAGUGUGUGUGUGUUUCUUUGUGCUUGGUUACAGUCCAUGUGUGUGAGUAACUCCUGUUUCAAAGAGUGUGAAGCUGACGGACGUUAAAGAGGAAACGGGAGCGCGAGCGUCGGACGUCCUCCUCCUAACAGAUACUCACUGCAUGCUCUCUCAGUAUUUUCUGGUUCGAGUUUUUCAGUACGUGAAUCUUCUUCUCAUUAGCAUGGAAGUGCUUCUAAUAACAGUGACAACUCAAUGAAUAUAAUAAAGGAUUUGAUGUUUUUCUA